AUGUCAUUUUGUGCUUCCCACCCAUAUAUUUGUUAGCAGAACCUUCCAGAACCUUCCAGAACCCUGACCUGCAGCAUCCAGAGCAAAGAUGGGGAAAGCAAACUCCUGCCUCAAAUUAGCUUUUAUCCUCCUCAAUGUGGUUUUUGUGGUUAUUGGAUUCGUGAUCAUUCACGUGUCCGUGAUGGCCUCUUACUCCAGCUACAAGGUUUCUGGAUUUAAUGACCUCAACCUGUUAAAGAUAUGGGUGUUCGCCCUUGUCGUUGUCUUCAUCGCUGUCCUGGGAAUCUGCGCCGCCGUCACAGAGAACAACAUCAUGCUGAUGAUCUUCGCAGGUCUGACGAUAAUCAUGAUGAUCAUCUAUCUGUUUAUGGGGAUUAUAUUCACUAUCUUUAGAAAAGCGCUAAUAGAUGAUUUCUCCAAACCUGAUGAAGAAAUGAUAGAGCGCCUACUUAACGAGACCGAGAUUCAAGAAAUACAAAAAACAGAAAAAUGCUGCGGAGUGCUUCGUGCAGAAGACUGGGGUAAGAUCAUCCCACCAUCCUGCGAAUGCACAGUAAAAGGACCGGACGCGAAACUGAAAUGUAAACCCAGACCUCAGGGAACCACGGGUCCAGAUCAGAUCUUUUCAGAGCCCUGCAAAGACUUUUUUUAUCUAGGAAUUACACUGAUUCCGACUUUUUGCAUGUCGCUUUUCUAUGGAUUUCUUUCCAUCGAAAUUCUUAUUCUGGCUCUCAGCUGCCUCCUGAUCCAUCAAAUCAGAAGAUCCAACUCAGGCUGCACUUUCACAUGAGGAAACCUUGAAAGUCACUUUCUUUCUCUCUUUUCAAGAAAAAUGAAGACAUCAUCAACUGACUGGUCCAUAUAAAAUUUAAAUUGGUAAAAUGUAAAUAGAAUCAUGUCGUAAACUGAAUUAUUUCAGAUGUUUUGUUUUUUGUGACCAGUUAUUAGUGUAAAGUAAUAAAUCUGCAAAUAACCAAUGAAAAUAUUUUAUAUAUUCUUGUCAGAGGUUUUGCUCUUGAUGUGGAUUAAAUCUUUCACUGAAAUAUAAUCAUAAUCUGCCUAUUUUAAUAGUUUAUACCUUUAAAUGCAUUAAUACACGACGGAAACCAUCUUACUGCAGAAACAUCCAACAUCUUCCUUAUUUUGGGGAUUCAGCCAAUCAGAGCAAAGGAAAAUGGAAGGUGAUCUUGGAUUGGCUGCUUUAUACAGCCAAUAGCGUGUCAGCUGCGUUUUCUUUUGAUAAUAUGCACUAUAAAAAUAGGGAGUAUAUGAUGCAGUAUUAAGGCCACGCUAAGAAAAUCACUUGGAGUUGAUUCUAGUAUGAAGGGUGCUUUAUAAAUAAAAUUGAUUGUUUGAAAAAAUAAAUAAAAUUCAGAGAUUAAAGUCCUAUGAGAUUAAAUUCAAAAAUAGUUUGAGAAUAUAGUUAUAGUAUGAGACAAGAUCAUAAUAUUCUGAUUAUUUCCUAAUAUUAAGACUUAAUUUUUGUAAUAUUACAACUUUAUUCUUGUGAAAUUGUGACUUUAUUCUAUUAAUUUUGAUGUAUUCUUGUACAAUUUUAUUCUCUUAAUUAUAUUACUUUGUUCUCAUAAGUUUAUUUAUGCAUUAUUAUUUUUUUGUAUUUCCUGGGUCACAAAAAUAGGUGGAUUUGUUUUGCAAAUAAUUUUGCAGAAACAUCCAGAAAUACAUUGGGGUCCACUGUACACUGUUUCCAAAUGUUUUACAAAUAAAAAUCUAAUGAAGGUG